AUGGCUAGUCCCCCACCACUCUCUCCUUCUUUGGUUCCAAAACAACCCAAACCUGCCUUCUCUGCCCCUCAAUCACCUGAACAUGCCGCGUCUGGAUUCUCUGAAGAAAAAUACAAGAAACUCAAACGCAAAUUGCGUGAGAUUAUGGAGAUCAAUGAGUCCAUGAACAGAGACUAUACACGUACGAAAAAGAAGAUUCGAACCUUGACAUUUGAAAGAAAUCUCUUACUAGACAAUAUUGCACGUAUGGAAGGUCAAUCGUCAGAAGAAAGCAACAGUGACCUAAGUGAAAUAUCUGAUUUUGAAUCUGAAUCCGAAGACGUGCUGGCCUCCACGUCAUCCAAAUCUACACGUGUAGCACGACGCGUGACUAUUCACAAAGACAAACGCGACCCAUCGUCUGUUCUGUCUUCGCCCAACCUGAGCCCAACCAGACACCGCGAUCUCGCUACUGUGGCUUCUGCACCUCCUAAACGUUCAAAGCUCUCUAGAAUUGCAGUCAAGACACGCAGAGUUCAACCCAUUGAACGUGAUGAGACAGGCCACCCAAAGUUACCACAGCAGAUUGGUGUUUUGACAGUACUUGAUCUGGGUAAGAUUGUCAGUGACCGGGAUACAUUCCACAAUGAGCGCUACAUUUUUCCUGUCGGGUACACCGUCUCGAGAACCUAUCCGAGCAUGUCUGACCCUACGAGCAACACUGUAAUCACAUCAACCAUUCUUGACGGUGGGGACGGACCUCGCUUCCAUGUCGUCGCAGCUGAUGCACCAGAACCCAUUAUUGCCAAUUCUGCUACUGGAGCAUGGACUGUAGUAGUGCGCAAAUCGAACGAGAUCCGUAACAGAGAACACUCCAAUUCUGCCAGUGGGCCUGAUUACUAUGGGUUCAAGCACCCAACUAUUGCCAAAAUGAUCCAGGAUCUACCCGGAGCUGAGAAUCUUAAACAUUAUGUCUGGCAAAACUUUGAGGAAAUGGAACCUAGGGCUGCAAAGGGUGUUAUGGCUGCUGCCGAGAAAAAACGUGGUAAUCUCGAACAGAUGGGAAAUGCUAAUAGACGACCACCUCUUAUGGAUGGUAUUCAUGACGAUGAAUCUAUGGAAGACGAACAAGAAGAUAUACCAGCAAUUGCUUCUUCUUCUGAUCCUUUAAUUAUGGCCGAUGCAGAGCUUGCCAUGGCAGACGAUGAUGAAUUCGAUGAAGACGAAGAAUUUCCAGCACGGCAUCACAUUCAACACCAAAACCAACACCAACACCACCAACAUCAGCAUCACCAUCAGCAUCAACCACAACACCAUCAGCAUCAUAACCCUUACCAAGCUCAAAUCCCUAUCAACAAUGUCAAUGAAGAUAUGGACGAAGAAGUAGACCAAUUGAAUGCUAGUGAUGAAGACUAAUUCUCAAAAAUUCUAUUAUUUUAUACAUAUUUCGAGUCUAUCUUGCCUUCUUAUUUUGUCCACACUAUUAUUCUCUUAUUACUUUACUUUUUUUUUAUUUAGAUAUUUUAGCCAAAGUAAAAACCCUCCAAAAAAAUGUGGGAAUUCAAUAUCAAUAAAGCACUGCCUUUUUUUUAAAG